AUGGAGUCUCAAGUACAAUCAAUUUCAGGUAAUUUUAAGUCAGAAUCAGUAUUUUCUGUCGAGCAAGAUAUGGAUAUCUAUCAAAGUUAUGCAAUUGACAUUGAGGAAGAAGAUGCUAGCACCAGAGAAAAACGAAAAUCGGAACUUCUCUAUACUUCACAGCCAGCAGUAAUAUUGAGUAUUGCUAACGAAAAAAUCGAAAGAAUAAAACGCUAUGAUUCUUGCAAGCAACUUCAACAAAACAUUAAAGAUAGCCUCGCUUUAAUUUCUCAUACUGCAGAUCAGGCGAAAAAUAAAAUGCAGUAUGAUUGUGGGCCAGAUUCCAGUGUCUCAUUAGAUUUCGUUGCUGCUGUUAAUCCUUUGAGGGACGAAAAAAAGGUAAUUAAAGAAAUCAACAAUCUCAAAGAAGAAAUAAAAGAAAUCAAUAAAAUAAUAAAUAUUCCCAAGUCAACAAACUCAAUACUUAUUGAAUCUGAGCUAUUGAAGUUUCCUUCACAGCUUCAAGACUCACAUUUAGAGCUUUUGAUGGAGCAAAGUAAAGAUAGGGGCCAGCAUGAGAUCCAUAUCAACAAUAAAACCUAUCAUGAGUUUGAUUCGCUUAUACUUUAUGAAGAAAAAACUGCACGCUGCUAUAAAAAGCUGCCAAAAAUCAAGCCCAAUUCUUCAAUAGACCUUAAAAUUGAGUUUCAAUAUGACGCAUUGCACCAGUUUCAAAUAUUAAAUUUCAAAAUUCUUGCCUUUGGAAGGAUAGUGAGUAAUAUAUGUAACGUUUCCUUGAUGUCAAUUAGAGCGAUUCAGGAGUCUCAAGAACACUUUUCAUUUAAAAUCGUUAGCCAUACUUCCAAUCAAUAUGCACCUGAGCUUUUCUGGUGGCCAAAAGAUAACCCUAGAUAUAUGGAAUCGAAACCCCUGGGCAAAUUUUCUGUAUUUGGAGUUAGACCUUACAUAUGCAUUAAAAUGUCGUGGUCAAUCAGCACCCUCUUAACUCUGUAGCUGAACCCGAAAGCGUGUUGGACCUUGAGGAAGGGAGGCUGGCGUUUGAUAUGUGCACCCAGCUAGGUUUUCUAUGGUUUGGUGAAGUGCAAUGUGGGGUUUGGCAAACACAAGCUUUACUCCAAUGCCAAGUUUUUACCUCAGAGGGAGAUGAGCCGGAAGCUGGGAAUAGAUUUCCCAGCAGUGCCAAUAGCUUUCGCCUUGACAAAUCCGGUCUAUUUCCCAGAGUGAAACUAGGAGUUACAGUCGACCAGAAAAUUCAACCCUUUUGAAUUUCAAUGGUGGGCAACUCUGUUGAUGUAUGACCCAAACUUUCCGACUACCAGGCAGCAUGCACUGGACCAUGUCUGGCAGGAGCAAGACUUUGAAGGCCAUGAGACGAUUGUCGGCAAAGUGGGCGAGUGGAGCGUUAUGGAAGUGAGCAAGGAUCUUCGUUCCCGACAGGGGAGUUUCUAUAAUAUAAUUAAAUGCAAUUAAGAAAGAGUUCUAACUUACAAAAAGUUACCAAAAUUUGAAGGUAGCCAGACAUGUGUUGAGUUGAGAAUUAACAACGCUCCUGCUUCAAAAAUUUAUGUUCUAGGUAAUUAA